AGUCCACGCUUCUUUGCAGUGCCGAUACAUCAAAAACCUAGCUGGAGUGAGUUUUCGUUCCACGCAUUGGUGCACGUCGUGAACCAACAACAGUAGUACAACUGAGGGAUUCAUCAUGUUCUUUAGCAUUUCCGCAGAAUUUCAAUUUUUUUGACACAAUAAAGAGGGUAAUUUGAAUAAACCAUCUAGAAGUUGUAAGUCAAGUAUAAACAUAGUGGCCUUCAUCAACAGACGUAGUUUCGCUACGGUAUUUGUUACGAGGACUGUGACGCUUUACCUUUUCCAUCCUCAUCGCCCGAGCAUGAAAUGGCAUGGGACAGCAUUGCAGAACGAGAAGCGAAAGAUUUGCUUUCUGACUCAGAAUGGGAAUGGCGCACUGAAUGUCACCAGCAGCAUAGUCAAUCUCAUCCGAAGAUGAAGAUGGCCGCAAAGCAGAAAUGCCACUCGAUUGCCAUUGCCUGAGGAGGUGAAGCUGACAAAUAACGAAACCGGUUUAAGACGAGGUGGCACGACAAGGGCGACAAUCUUCUGACUUUCCAAGAAAAGUCCCAGCUGGUUCGUGUUGCAACUUCCGGUCAAGAACAUCCACUGUAUAAUUACCUUGUUCCGCAAUAGUAGUGUUUGCGAUUGCGUUUGCGAUACCGAACCCGACCUCAAAAGGUGGCAACUAUUAAGGCCGCGAGACUACCGCAGCGCGUGCGUGUUUAUCUGUGCUCCGAGCUGCACGGGGGCAACUACAGCAACGAAACACAACAUCGCACUGUGCGGAGCUCCAGUAGCAGAAAGAAAGUCUCUCUGUCGUCCAUCUUUCAAGUAAAUUUGUGGCGGCAAGAAACACACAAGAGACGAGACCCGAUACAAGACCACCGGAAAUAAAACGGAGCCACAGCCGAUCUGUCACGCCCGUGUCCUCGAAUCGGAGCAACACACAGAAAAUGUCCUCCUGGCUGAACUCGUUACUUUUCCGAAAGGUCUUAUGGCAAUGUCAGGGGUGAAGGUCUUAUGGCAAUGUCAAGGGUGAACUUUGAAAUGUUAAUAUUUGCGAAGUGCUAUAAUUGCAUGCUAGACAGUGUGUUUGUCCAUGUCAUGCCCAAUCGCAAGGAGUCGUGCCGUCAGUGUUUAAUAGUACCUGACGGGCGGGUGGAGCGGCUAGAUGGACGCGUGACAGGUGCAGUGGUCCUUUUGUGCCUUGUAUCCUCACGCUGCAAUGCGGCGUCAAGAACAGGCCUACUGGGUGGUUUUUUCACGCACACGCGUUGCGGCAAGUUGGACACAACUGCAGGUCUCUCAGACGACCGGUCGUCUUGAAUUUAUGCCAGUCAGCACCACUGUAGGACGACUUUCCACCUGGCGUUUCCAUAGCUGUACACUUUUCCGAAUGCCCAGGAAGUUGAAGAGGUUAGGGACCUCGCCGAAGUAUCAAGAUGUAAACUGCCCGUGCCCCGGAUUUCUUGCAAAGUGUUUCUCGCAAUGCAGCUGCAAGGUGCUUCGUUCUGCAAUGGCAGUCGUGGGCCUUGGUUUGCAUUCUUGUAUCGAUGCCUCACCGUAAGCCCGAAGAGUUGACUGAGCGCCACACACAGCCGCAAAAUGAAUACUUCGUAUUUGGUUGAUCUCGCGCCACGGUGCAGACGGCACAACGAACGGCACGUAGUACAUCAAUUCCAGAUACAUAUUUAUCAGUUAAUAUGACUAGUAAAAAAUAAGUAGAAGAUUAGAAACGUCGCUCCUUCUUCGUGAUGAAGAUGAACUGUAGCAGCACAUUGCCCGCUUGACAUCGGCGAUCAGUGGCUAGAAUUGCUGGCUGUAGCUCUGUGCUAUCUUGGUCUCCUUUGGCAGUAAGGCUGCAAGAGUAAAGACUUUGCAUUUUUGGGGGCAGAGCAGUGCCUUUCACUUCGAGACGUGGGCGGCUUUGCCUUUGUGUCCCUGUGCAGGGAUCCCAAAACAGGGGAUCAAUACGCUUUGAAAAAGAUGAUCUGCCAAGACAAAAAGAAACUUGACCUAGCAAACAAGGAGGUACUUCUUGAAUCUAAAAUUUAUUUGCAGUAGGUACUAGAGAAGAGAAAUUAUGAAGUUAGCGGUUUGAUGAUGAUCGUGGACCCUAGUUCUUUUUUCUGGUUCUGGGCUUCCUGCUAUGCUGCGACUUGUUGGAAGUGCAAUGCAUUUCGUGUUGUAGUGGCGUGGUGUCUUCUAUUUCAUGUACCGGCACACGCGCUCCCGUCCCUCUCGAGCUCGCCGCCGCAGCCACAUAAGUACUAAAUACCUAGCGAGGUCAAAAAUGACAAAACCAUAUCGAACGCAAAAAGCAAAAACUUCAUCUCGAACAUUUAUCAACCAUAAAGUGGUGCUAUAUAAUCAUUAUUCUUUACCAGGUGGCCAUCCUGGCUGCCCUACCGGAGCAUAAGAACAUCGUGCGCUUCUACCAGUCGGCUCUGAUCGAGCUCGCAGCGAGCGGUGGAGGUCCAGUGAAAAAGGAGAUUGUGAUGCUUCUGGAGUUGUGCGACGGAGGCACGUUGCUCGAUUGGAUCCUUAAGCGGGGCCCACAAAAACGCGUCGAAGCCGACAUUUUGAAGCCAUUGCAGGACGUUUCCGAAGCUGUUUUCUUGCUCCAUUCGCAUAAACCUCCCGUAGUACACCAGGAUCUGAAGGUUGAGAACAUACUACUCGGCAGCGACGGCAACUGGAAGCUAUGUGACUUUGGCUCCUGGACCAGUGAGCGCAUCGACCUCACGAACGCGACGCGACAAGAAAUCAUGCGCAGGCAGGAUCACUAUGAAGAGCACGUAGCUGCCUCUUGUUUCUGUUUUUCUUUUUGAUGUUUAUUACAUUUGCUGCAGCAUUCGUUUCAAAUUCAAUGAUAUGAACAAGUGCACUAUUUCGCUCUGGUGUCGGGUAUCGCACUUCACGCACCGCGAUGCAGUUCGAUUUUAACGCCAAUUUUCACGUACUUCUUGCACCCGCAGGUAACGAUGAUGUACCGACCUCCAGAAAUGGCUGACUUGUACCAGAAACACAUACUACACCUUCCAAUUGACCAAUGGCAAGUCGGAUGCAUCUUGUACACUCUGAUGUUUUACAAGCAACCCUUCCAGGAUUGCACGGCACCGCUCGCCAUCGCGCACGCAGGGUAAGCAUUUUUCGUAUCAUUCAAAUAUGAGUAUAAAGCAAAUUUAAAUUCUUGUCUUUAUACUGUUAGUGUUACGGACGCACUAUAGGUCGCGGUCGGCGGUGGCCUCUUUGCAUGUGCCUCGAUCGACAAGGGCAGAGGCAGAGCUCCGCCUGACAGUAGCGCUCAGAUCACUGCUACGCCUACUCACUACCAUUUUACUUUAUAGAAAGUAUAUUUUUCUAAUUGUUACAGUGUAUCUGCAGCAACUGUGGCUUUCAAGUCCUAAGUGUAAGAUACGCGUCGCAAUAAAAAAUGAAGAAGCGCCAGCUAUAAAUUUAAAUGAGUGCUGUGUGACAGAUGACACAGGACGAGGACGCAGUGGUUGUUUGUGCUCACAUGACGAACAUCUGGACAGCAAGAAGUGGAGCCCCAAAAUUGAAAGCAAAGAAAAAAAACAAUCUUUACUUUUACAAAAAAAGUGCCCUCGUUCUCAUGAUGGGGCCACGUGUAGUUUUGUAGUAGUACUUCCAUAGGCCGCUACCCGGACGCCGUCUGGCCCCAGAUCGUAUUGCAUAGCUUUCAAAGGAGAAAACGAGCCCGAGUUGUGUAAGAAAGCCGCCCGGGCUAUCAUUGCGAGGGUAACUUCUCAAUACGAGCAAGUGCCAGGCUUCAUGAGUUCUGCAGGCCGGCCGCAGUCUGCGCAUGCACAGUGCGCAGGCCGUGCCGGUGUUGCGCAGAUACGCCGACGGGUAGACGCCCACGCGUCUGCGCGGCCCGUUGGGUUCCCGGCAAGUCGAAGUGCACGGGGCGGGGGCGGAUACUUAAUUAAAAUUGGCCGGCCUCUGUCGUGUCAAAGUCAACUUCUUUGCAUGCCGCCAAAGUUUCGCCACCAAUCUGUUUUUCUGUGCUCUCGUCAUCUGUGCAAGUCUCCCCCUUACAAUAAACACAGCCUACAACUGGAUUGAUUCUUGAUUGGCAUCUGCUACCGCCCGGCCGCGGCACUGUAGACAUAUCUAGUACAGUAACUGCAAAAUAAAUUAUCACUCAUGAUUGUAUGACUACUCAGGUAUGAACUUCCCCCGGACUACAUUCCUGGAGACACAUACAGCGAAAAUCUCGAGACAGUGCUGCACUGGUUGCUGGCACGAAACCCGGAGAGUCGGUUGACCUCUCGAAAUCUGGUCCGCAUCCUGUGGGAAUGGGAAGGAAACCCAUGCCUAGAUCCUACGGAAGACGCCAACACAUUGGUGGUUUCGCCCCCCAUGGACGUUCUGCAACAGAAGCGGGAAAAAAGAAAAAAGUGCGUGGACAAGGCACAGCAGCUCUCUGUAUCCACAACGAAUUUCCAAACACGUACAAAGAACGCCAACGCGAAAACUUUUGCAAGAGCAAGACAAACCUUGCUAUAAUAUCAAUCCCAUUCAGUAUAUGUCAAGCGAGAUUCUCUAGAAAGUUGGCGAAGUUUGAUGUGAUGCGUUUUGUAUUAUGCAUCACAAAUUGAAAAUGUCCGUAGAGCCAACUAGUAAUCCCGUUUAUUCUAAUUAUUCUAAUUCUAAUAGAGCCAUAGUAACCCGCGUUACAGGAGUUUUCAUCUCUCUGAUGAUGAUGAUGAUGAUGAUGAUGCUGAGCAAAUUUGAUGUCACGCGAUUUCUAUAUGUUAUGCUCAUGCGAAAAAAGAGGCAGGCGGACAGAGGGCAAACAAGAGGUGGCCGGGAGGUCCAAAGAUGUGAAUGUGAAAAAGAGGCCAUUAGAGGUGAAGGUGGCGCGAAUAACGGACGACGUCUCGCGCACGAUCCCAGCCACCCCUGUGGCUCUGUGCCGGAUUAUUAGCGGGGACCUUCAAAGAGGUCAAAGGGAGGGCCUGCGGGAGAUUCGCGAGAACGUAGAAACGCAGCAGGCGGGCGCGAAUCCGCACGGCGUGGCGCAUACUUGGCGCGGCAGGCGACUCGCGGCCUGUGCGCUUCGGCUUUUUUUCGCGCCACCCUCUCGCGCCAACCUCUCGCGCAACCCUCCCGUGCCACCCUUUCGCACAGAGAAGAGCGGCGCUGGGAAAUUGUUGACUGGGGUGGCUUAUUUUGACUAGCGAAAAGCAUAGCAGAUUGGUGUGGCGUCCAGGUGCCUGUUGUUCAGCCCCAGUGUGCGGGGUAGUUGCUCCCUGUGCAGAGCGCCCACAGGCGCAGGGUGCGCGCAGAUGCUGUGGGCGCAUAGAUAUGCCGCUGCGGUCCGGUCGGUCCCUCUGCAAACACCUCAAUCCCGGCCCAACAGCCUUACGCUCCGCUGGUAGCCGGACGGAGCAUCGCUGGUUUAUGCAGGUGCGACGCUUUUGCGAUGCAUUUUGUAUGUGUGCGGAAAAAUUUGAAUGCAUAUUUUGGCGCCGUCUACAAUCCCGUCGCGGUAAUGAACCUGGUAGAAACGACCUCCGUAUCCGCUGCAGAUAUCUAUGUCUGGGCGUAAAAGAAUGCAAGACCUGUCACGCUUGGGCACCAAGAGAGAAAAAUUUAUCAUGCGUGUUGCGCUGCUGCAACCCCAGUUUUGUCAUGCAAAAACGCGACUUGUCAUGCCAUGAUUCCGGAAGACAACAUAGGCGCCCAAAAACUUGUCAUGCGGAGGUCCGUCUUGUAGAUCGGUGGUUGAUCUUAAACUGUACCAUCCACACACUUGCAUCACAACUUUCGUUGAAGAGCCAGACACAUUUACAGCGCAUAUUGUGCCUCGUCUCCGGCGAGUCCGGGACGAGGGAAAACCUCUGGGGACGACUAUGGAUUGCAAGUAUGUUCUGUGGCUCUGGCGGAAUAAAUGUAACUUGUCACGCAAAGUCUCCAACACAAAAAUGCCUGCGUCGCAUGAACGCCAAAAGUUUCCCAAUUCUCGCUUGGGAAAAGGCGGACUACUUCUCAUGCGGAAUAAGCAUGGGGGAAGUCUCGCAAAAUCGGUGAUGCUUCUGUGUGCAGCAUUUUUCCAGACCGUGUGUGACGUGGGAGGUCCUGGACGUGGUCCAGCACGAGAUGCAUGACUACAAGUCUUGUAUUCAUCUUCCAGACCCAGACAGAUUUGCAGUGGAUAAGAACGUCGCAGGGAAUAGUACUACCAUGUCCAGCAGCAUUCUAACCAACCUCGGCAUCGCGACCCGCGGCGCGGAGAAGCUUCGCGGGGUCGCUGCGGGCCGAGACGGCGUCGUGGCGCCGACCCCUUCCGCCCUCUCGCCACGGAGCCAGGAGAAAAGCCAAAGCGGGGCUGCAACUGGAACUGCGUCAGCGUUUCCCUCCUCGUCGUCCGCUGGGACAACGACGAAAGACCCGGCGAAAGAAGGUGGCGCCGCCGACGAGAUGCAGCGGUUUCGCACGAAAGCUGUCGGCCCCGCAACGGCAACGGAACAGGAGACGUUGGCGAAAAACAGCGCGAAAGGCCGUGGGAAGAGGUUCAAAGGAGAAGACGACCUCCGAGAGGACAACAGCGAGCCCUCGAGCGCCCCGGCGGUGGACCUGCUCGCCUACAUCAAAGACGAGUCCACCCCCGACUCAAAACCCUACCCUGCCCGCGGAGGCGGCACACGUAGCGGCGCUGGCGCAGGAUCAACGGGAUGCAUCAGCAACAGCAAGGAAUCGUGGGUCGCGGACUUUGGGCAACAAGGUCCGACCGACACGAAGAACGCAACGACGAGCCCCGAGGACCUCCUAGUCGCACCUUCGGUAGGAGGAGCCGCUUCCUCCUCAUCUAGUACGGCACCAGGAGGAAGUGCUGGCGCGGCCGUCGACGACUUCCUGUAUCCUGUGUAAAAACGCCCCCAUUGACAUUCCAGACAUCUUGUGAUAUUUGCAUGCUCAGGAUGUGCUGAAUGUCUGUCAUGCAGCGCAGCCCCAUCCAGAGCUUUUUCUGAUGCAUGGGGAUUUGGAAUUUGUCAACAUGGUGGAAUCAGGAUAAGGCGAUCGAUUUCUUGUGAUGCGGCUUUACUAGUACCGCUAAGCACGACAACGCUGGAAGCAGGAAGCGCAAACGUAUCACGCGCAAGACAAGCCUGUGGAGCUCAUUAAUAGCCAAGCCUUGCUGAUUUGUGUAGCGAAAAAGCGCCCACCUUGACUCUGGGGUCCUCGUCGGGACGGUUUUACACACAGUAUCCUGUUUGACGGCUUCAACAUCCCAGCGGGAGACCAUCAAGCGCGUGCAGCCACGGAGCCCAGUGAUCGCAGACUCAAGCGACAUCUCCAAGCCGGCACCGGCGACGGCGGGGACCUCUUCUCUGGCGGCGGUGGCGCUUCCAGUUCGUCCUCCAUCAGGAUGCCUCCUAGUGAAAUAACAGAAGGACUUUUUAAUCCAAGCAACAACAGCGGGGCGGUAGCUUCUACUCACAGGGAGGGCCCAUCUUCUUCGAGAUCUACCGCGGGAGGAGCUGUAGUCGUGCCACCAGCACCACCACGACGAAACUUCGAUGCGUUGCAUCACGUGGAUUCGGUAUUAGCAGCCGAGAGCGCGGACCGAGCUGGACGAGAAGCAAACUUGUUUGCGGAUCUGGAGCCCCCGAUUCGCGGCGUUUCUCCCUCGCCGAUUCGUGGCGCGGACGACCACGCCUCCGGCGCAGCGCCGUCAUUGAUACAACACCUCGACGGCGGCGCAGCACAAACGACUGACACUGCCCUUGCAUCAUCCCGGCCGGCACCUCCCGCGUCGCACGGAGGCAGUGUUCAUUUUGCCAGCACGGGCAAGAACUCAAUGAGUAACAAGAACUUCUUGCCUAAUCAACGAUCCACCUCCGACUCUGCGUCACUUCCAAAGACCGGCGACGCGACUUCUGGUACCUCCCCGUCGGCUUCUGCACUCCCGGCAGAGCUCAGGCCCUCACUCUCCAAAAGAGAUCCCUUCCAGGUGGAUUUUUUCAGUUCUGCUGCAACGACAAAUGGACAGCGAGACCGCGACAAGCUUUUUGAUGACAUUGACAUUUUUAAGUAAAGACACAACAAAAGCUGCCGCUGCUUCCAUCUUCAUACUUCAUCUGUGCUUGUUGCUACAAGUACCAUAGUACAACAAGAACGAACCUGCUGCCAAUAAAUCGAAAGCAACCUCUCGCAGAUUCAAGAUCACGAUGAAGAACUCACAAACCACUUCCAAUUGCGUGCCGGUGAAGAUUUUUAGACGUUGCUGUUGUUGCGCCCCCGGCGGUGUACAUGGAUUCAGAAACAAUAAAUUUCAAUUAUUACGCGGCUUAUAUAUGAUAUUAUCUUAGUAUCUUCACGCAAAGAGAACGAGGGGCCUCGCGCGCAUGUCGUCCAGUGGAUCCAUGGAUUGAUAUAUGGACCAUUUCCAUUUCAUUUUCCAGCGAUCUCAAUCUUUGCAGCAACGUCGACUUAAGCCAUGGCACAGAAAAGAACGUGGUGCGGC